AUGAAGGUCUUCAUCGCAAUCUGCCUGGUGGCAUUGGCUUUCGCCAACGAAACUAUCUUAUUCAUCUAUCUAUCUAUCUAUCUAUCUAUCUAUCUAUCUAUCUAUCUAUCUGCCUUAUUUUCUUCUAUUCGUUUCUAUCUAUCUAUAUCUAUCUGCUUUAUUCUAUUCCUAUCUCUCUAUCGGCUUUAUUCUAUUCAUAUCUAUCUAUAUCUAUAUGCUUUAUUCUAUUCAUAUCUAUCUAUCUGUUUUCAUUGCUCUAUUCAUAUCUAUCAUAUUCUAUUCAUAUAUAUUUAUUUUAUUAUAAUCAUAUCUUUAUAUUACCUAUCUUAUUCUAUUCAUAUCUCUUUAUCUAUCUAUCUAUCUAUCUAUCUAUCUAUCUAUCUAUCUAUCUAUCUAUCUAUCUAUCUAUUUUAUAUCGUAUUCUAUUCAUUAUCUGUCUAUCUAUCUAUCUCUCUGCCUUAUUUUCUUCUAUUCGUUUCUAUCUAUCUAUAUCUAUCUGCUUUAUUCUAUUCACAUCUCUCUAUCGGCUUUAUUCUAUUCGUAUCUAUAUAUAUCUAUAUGCUUUAUUCUAUUUAUAUCUAUCUAUCUAUCUAUCUAUCUAUCUAUCUAUCUAUCUAUCUGUUUUCAUUGCUCUAUUCAUAUCUUUCAUAUUCUAUUCAUAUAUAUUUAUUUGAUUAUAUUCAUAUCUUUAUAUUACCUAUCUUAUUCUAUUCAUAUCUCUUUAUCUAUCUGUCUAUUUGCAUUACUCUAUUCAUAUCUAUCUAUCUAUCUAUCUAUCUAUCUAUCUAUCUAUCUAUGUUCGUCUUUUUAUCACCAUCUACAACGCUAAAUAAGCCUAUUACUAUCACAGAUGUAUCUAUCUAUCUAUCUAUCUAUCUAUCUAUCUAUCUAUCUCUCUCUCUCUCUCUCUAUAUAUAUAUAUAUAUAUAUAUAUACUUUAAAUUACUUGAUGAACUGUUGGCAUCAAAAAAGAAAUCAUACAUUGUGUCUGGGCGUCCGGCAUCCAACUGCGAAUUUCCUUCCAUUGUUUCUCUGAGCAUCACAAAGAACGGUAAAGGAUAUCUGUGUGGCGGUACCCUCAUUGAUGCGACCCAUGUUAUCACCGCUGCUCAUUGCGUUGCAAGUGGUGUGACAAGGAUCAAUGUCUUCAUGGGAUCUAUUUACAACAGAAUUCCUAAAUUUGUAGACGCAGUCAGCAAAAUCGCUGUUCACCCAAGUUUUUAUGUAACUUCCAAAUCUCUGCACAAUGACAUUGCGAUGCUUACAUUGUACAAACCAGUUCCGUUUACAAAUUGUAUAAAGCCUAUGGAUUUAGCAAGUCCUGGUGCCUCAUUUACAGGCCAAACUUGUGUCACUGCUGGAUGGGGAAAAACAUCGUGGGUCAUGCCAACAAGCCAGGUUUUGAGAAAGGUGUCUCUGCCUAUAAUGAGUUACCGUGAUUGUCACCGAGUUUGGCCUCAUAUUGGCCAUGAACAUAUCUGUGCUGGUGACUGGAUCAAUGGAGGAGCUAGCCCGUGCCAGGGUGAUUCCGGCGGCCCCCUUUAUUGCAAAUCCCGGGGUAAAUGGGUUCUGGCUGGUCUCACAUCUUUUGGAAUAAAAUGUGAAUAUGGUCCAGCGCUCUACACAAACGUCGCCUACUUUAGAAGUUGGAUUGACAGACACCAUUAA